AUGGACAACGGAAACGCCCAGAUGCACACGGAGGGAAGGAUCAAGGCUCCAGAAGCCCAGCCAAGUCCUGGCAUGAGCACCACCAGCAAGAGGCCUGGUGUUGAGCCUACCAUAUCAGAAAUCAGCCAGGUUGCGUUUCCAGAUGCUGCAGGGAUGGGCAGUGGGAAGCAGCCCUCAUCAGCCCCAGGGGGGCCAGAGAAGGGACCAGAACACAGCGCAGCCUCAGAGGAAGGGCCUCGGGAGCUCAGGACCCAGGAGCAGAGGCGGCCGGCAGAACCAGGGAAGAAGCAGUCAACCCCGGCACCCCAGCAAGGGCCCGGAUUGCGGCAAGGAGGCCGUGAUCAGGCCAAGCCAGGAAGUGAGCUGGGGGUGCUGCCUUCCAGGGUCCCCGCGGCACAGGAAGGACAGCAGCAACAGGGCUCAGGGAAGGAGACCGAGGACCAACAGGGGAGACAUCAGAACCCAGGGAUGGUGGAGGGUCAGGCCCCCGAGAGCCACCAGGACCCAGAGUGGCGGCCUCCCCCAGGUCACCAGGCAGCUAAUGGGGAAGACAUAGUACAGCCGGUGAAGGCUUUUUGCACCUCGGACAGCCGUGGGCAGCAACCGGGAGACAAGCCCGCCGAGGAGGUGGACACCCCAUGUAUCGGGCCACAGGGGGCUCUGCCAGAGCCUGGCCCAGGGGGACAUGAGGACAGUUCUCGGGGGGCAGGGCCCCGAGUGCCCCUGGCAACUCUGGAGGAAAAGACGGCCAGCUCCUUCCCACCAUCCACGCCAGGACCUGACCCCCCAAAAGGAGGGGUCGAGGGGGUGGAGACCCAGCCAACACCAGGGCCUGUUCUUCCACCAGAGAUGAGGGACACUGGAGAGAGGAGGGACCUGGAUCCCGUGCAGAAGCAGCCUCAGGCGCCCAUGGUGGCCGCAGGGGCCCAGAACCUCGGGAACCUUCGGCAAGGCUUCAUGAAGUGCUUGCUGGAGGUGGAAGAGGCGGAGGCCACACAUCGGAGGGCGACGGCCAAGGCCCGGGCCCUGCCAAACCGGAAGUCCCCCAGGACCCUGACCCCUGUGCCCAGCUCAGCCCCCAGCCUGCUUCUGACCCUGCCUCAGACCCCCGCGCCGGCCCCUGUGAUGGCCCCAUCCUGGGCCCGGUGGCCAGCCCCCGGGUCAAUCCCUGCCCCGGUCCCAGGGCCCGUGGUGGCCCUGCCGCCCCCCACCCUGGACGCGGGCUGGAGAAGGACAGAACUCCUGCACCCGAGCGGAGACAGGAGCCUGAGCAGCUCCAAGGCACGGCAGGAGCUGGAGGAGUGCGGCCUCCUCAAGCUGUCUCAGACCCGGGAGGAGAGGUCGGAGGAGCACCUCACCCUGAAGCAGGAGGAAGGAGAUGGUCGUGUAGGCUUCAAGGACUUCUUGGCUGUGAUGACAGACAGCGGGCGUUUCUUCUCCUCCGUGGAACAGAGCGCCCUGACGGACACGGCUCCCCCCAACCCCCACACUCUGCUCUUUGAGAUCCUGUCCCUGAUGGUGGAGAUGCUGGCCCUACCCGAGGCAGCCUUAGAGGAGAUCACCGACUAUUACCAGAAGAAGCUGAAGGAAGGCACCUGUAAGGCCCGAGAGAUGGAGUCGGCCAUAGGCCGGCUGCGGUCCCGGAAGAAGCUUCCCUGCAACCCCCAGCAAGCAGACACCUUGGAAGUCCCGGAACGAAGGGUCCUCAGGAUCCUGAGCCGGCUGAAGCAGCAGAACUACGCUGCCAAUCUGCAGAGCCCCUACGCCCAGGUGCCCUGCAUCCCGCUCUAUCCGCAGCUGGACAAGAAGAUGGCCCGACGGAAGCAGGGCAGCCACUACGUGCUAGAUCAGUGUACCCCCACCAGCCUGGGCCCCGACAUCCGUAGCCUUUUCUUCCAGUCAGGAUCUCAAGGAAGCAGGGAACACAACUCAGAGAGCCGAAAGUGGCUCAGCUCUGUGCCAGCUCGAACCCACUGA